UUUGGUUUUACUGCCUCGGUUGAAGGAAUUGCAGAGUGAGAAAGAGAGCCGCUGUCCCAUCCUUUUAGUUUUGUCUACAUUCAGUUGAAGAGAGGGGAGACAGAGAGGAGAGAGCGGGAGAGUUCGUUUAAUGGAGAAUUUAGACAGAGAGGAGAGAGCGGGAGAGUUCGUUUAAUGGAGAAUUUGCCUCUUGAAAUUGCCCAAAAGAUCUUCGUAUUACUGGAGCACCACCAUCUUGCAACUGCUCAACAAGUCUGCAGGAAAUGGAGGAGCUUAGCCUCUGAUAACUUACUGUGGUGCAUCCUAUUUGAGAAGAGAUGGGGCCAAUCCCAGGCUGCUUUCUAUAACCCUGUUAAUACGAAAUGUUGGAAAGAUGCCUAUGAAGUCCAUGAUCGGCGUGAUCGAGUUGGAUGGGGGCUGAAGAUAAUUAGGGAGGGGAAUGACUAUUUUCUCAUUCACCAAGGUGAGAUUCAAAGGCACUUGGGUUCGAGGGUUAGGCAAGAUGGGAGGAAUCUUGAGAAAGAUGAAACUUAUGGUCACUGGAGUUCAAAGAGGGGGUACUCAGAGGGUCCAUGUCCUGGAAUUUUAGAUAAGAUACUCUUCUUCAUUGGGGAUUUGGAAGUUGCAUCUAGGGAUAUAAAGCGUCAUCGAAGGUCACCUACCCUCGAAGAUGUAUAGCAUGUGCCACAUAUGUAUAUUAAAAACAUGUCUUGAGGAUUAAUUUUUUUUGUUGUAUGUAUAUUAGAAACAUGUUUGAGGAUUAUUUUUUCUUGUUGUCCUUGUUUUUCUUGGUAGAUUUGAGAACUCUGACAAUUAGAAAAAAAGAUUCAACAAGCUAAGCAUUGAGAUGGGUCUUCACACAAAAGAUUAUUCUUCUGAAGGGUGUCCAUGUAUUGGCUUACAGGAUCUUCACCAACUUGCUUGUACCUUGUAAUGGUGAUUCUUGAUUGUAUUGAUGUUGUGAUAAUCAAAGUUCGAGAAGCUUUAUGGGGACCUA